AUGCCGGCCAAAGGAAAGAGGGCCCAACGCAGCUAUCUUCGGCAAAGAGAGCCAUUUCUGGAAACGGUUGACGAAAAAACAUCGCUGUUGGUGCUUUUGGCUGAUUUUCAGGGCCCGAUCAAAGAUCACGUGAUCGAUUCUGUUCAAGAUGCGGCCAAGGUGGCCCCGCCAGAAGACAUAGAAGAGGAUGAAGCCCAGCAUCGCAAGCGGCAAACAAGGCUUAAUGUUAAGCCGUGGUCCCCAUCAAACUUCCUACUCCGAUCUCUCGCCUAUCAAGGGCCACACCGAGAUAGCCAGGCGAACCUGUAUGCACUCGCUGUCUUGGCACAUCAGUACGGUCACUCAGAGUUGAUAGUGGCUGACGAACUGACAAAAUGCAAACUGGCCCCCGCGUUCGACCCAGAACUUGAGUCUCGUUCUCCAUCAGAGUCUGAUGUCGAAAUUAACGAGCGCUCAAAACCAGAUUGCGAGGUGAUUUUAAUCUCGGUAUACGAAAAGGAUGUGGAGUCCAAGGCCCUUUCUGUCUGGGCUAGGCGGAUCUGCAUUCGAGAUCCCGACUAUAUCAGACGGAAUGUAAGAUGGAGCAAGCAGACUUCGAUAGCGCUGAUGUUUUCCAAGUCGCAUGACAUCCGCAAUGCCCAGACGGUCGCAAUUCCCGGUGCAAAACGGCCUCGCUUCAAUCCACGUUACUCCACUCCAGAAUUUCAUUAUCAUGACCGCGGCUUCGAAGACACUAUAUGGGAUCAAAUUGGUCUUGAGCUUCACGACCCAGAUUGUCCCAUACUUAGCCCUGAUGUUGUGGAUGGACUGGGACGGAAGCGCCAGCGAGAUGCUCUGCGGAACACUCUAGAAAAGAACCUCCCGAAUCUUCCAAAAGAAUUGAUAUACGAUAUCGCUGACCUCGUGGGAGAUGCGCCGCCUAUCAAUCUCCCGAAUUGGGAAUUUUUCCCGAGCAAGAGCCAUCUCGUUAUCUUCAUAUCAUUUUCCAUGAAAGAGGCCGAGCAAGAACUAACGAAGGACAUGAUUGAUAAAAAAUUUCAACAACAUUUUGGAAAGAAACUCGCCUUCUCAAGUCGACAGAACCCUAAAAAUGAGUCGCGUUGCCCUGAGUAUAGUGAAAGUGAUUCGUCGUAUGACGCAGAUGGCGAUGAGGACGAAGAGGACCAUAAUGAAUGGUCUCGCCCCCGGAAAGCGCCGGAAAUGACCUUUGAGUUGAUUCCCUGGGAGAAACACGGUGCUACAUCUCGAAGAGACUUCAUGAAACUUUGGCUAGAGUACUAUCCUUCUACUGUCAUAUUUCAAGAAGGUGGACGGCCGCCUUUGCAUAUACUGGCGGAGCCUAUUAAAGAUAUUCAGGCCCCGCACUUUGUGGAGAUACUGGCAGACAACAAGUCAGUUGCAGUCGCUUCUCGGACAACACUCGAUAAAAUUAUUUCCGUGACGGAAAGAGUCCAAAAUUCGUCAACCUUCAGGUUUCGCGAUCUUCAUAUACCCUCUUCACACAGCGAGAAUCUCAUCGACGCCGAUCAGCCUUUUUGCCGCGCCAGAAUUUCGUGGCAGAAUCCAGUGUUGCAGUCACAAACAUGGAUACCGGCAUUCUACCUCACAAGUAAAUUAACCAAGGAGCAAGACCAUGAUAUUCGAAUGGAAAUAAAGAGACCAGAUGGAGAUUACGAUGCUUACAUGGAAGUCGCCAAUAAGGACUGUGGCUUUGUACCGUGGAAGGCGGGCCAGUCUGACGGAACGAUCCGUGAUAUUUGGGAGAUUGCUCAGAUGGUCCACAAGGAAUCACUCUGGAGAGAUAAUGAUUUCUUCAUCUGUAUUGACCAGCAAUCAGCCAUUGACAAGAAGGUCAUUCUCGUGGUCCCAGACCGUCGCAAAGUGAGCCACCGAUGGCCACGGGUAAAGAACAUGCAUCUUCCAAACCUGACCGGGUUUACCUUCGCUCGCAUCCCUGCCCGCGAAUCUCAUACUCAGUGUGUUGAGAUUCACCGCUUUCACAGGGUUCACUAUCCAUUUCUCCGAAAGCGCUUCUUAAGGCCCGAGCUGCUUCGAAUGGACCGACUGGAGGCAGAUCGUCGAUACGCAUAUGUCGAUGGUGAAGGAAAGCCUCUUGAACUUGCAGAGGAUGUGGAUUCUGAAGCAAGCCCAACAGACCCGUCAGAUGUUGACGAUGAAGAUAAUGAGUCUGUUGACUCACUUGAUGCACUGGCAGAGGAGAUGAUGUACGAUACCAUGUAUGGUGGCUACUAUUGA